AUGCCCGAGGUCGCUGGCAUCGUGUCCGAAGAUACCGACGAAGACCCUGCUACUUUCCGCAUAACCCUACCACUCCCACCACUUGAUCGACGAUACAACACACCAGAGGAAGGAAUCGAGGCCAUCAAUCAGCUCGGCUUCAACAAUGGCUUCGCGGUGGUUAAGCGGCGGAGCAAGAAGACUAAGGGACAAGUACCAAGGCUUAAGAAGGUACAGCUCCAGUGCGACCGCGGAGGUCAGGCAUUAGAGCACCCUAAGGAGGCACCAGAGCAGCCCGAGCAGGCACCAGUAGCUUCAGGCCGAUCUAAGAAGCGGAAGACCCAUUCACUAGCGAUUGAUUGUCCAUUCGAUAUCUCUCUUCGCCUACAGGAUGAUGAGAAGUGGAUUCUCACAAUUACUAGCGACAAGCACAACCAUAAGCCAUCCCCUGCCACUACCCAUGUCGCCCAUCGCAAGCACGAGUUAGCUCAAAAGCGAGAGCAGCUACAGAACUGGUUUAAGCAGAAUCUGCCGACCAGGCAGAUCCUCAGGCUCUUAAGAGCGGAGGAUAAACGCACAUGUCUCUUGCCAAAAGACAUCAAUAAUGCCCGUAUGAGGAUGAAUGACGAGUUCUUAGCUGGCCAGACGCCGAUUCAAGCCCUACUUAUGGAACUUCCGACCGACGGAGAAUGGCGUUUCAGGUAUACUAUUCACUUCUAUUACGAUACUGUUCAUUUCUAUUGCUAA